AUGGCGACGCCCUCAACCCGACAGUGGGGUGUCACGCCCCCAAUCUCGACCGUCCUGCCUACCCAGGACGAGGUGGCCGCGAACGAUGAUCUGAUUGCGGAGCUCAAAGUACAGAACAACUUCGAGCUCCCAACCGAGACAGAGCGGAGAGUGCAAUCUCUCCAAUUGCUCCAGCGCGUCGCGCUGGAGUUUGUCAGGGUUGUUAGCCGCAAGAAGGGAUUAACUCCUGCGGCAGUUGAGGCAGCAGGAGGUAAAAUAUUCACGUACGGUAGUUAUCGACUGGGUGUUUAUGGACCAGGGUCCGAUAUUGAUACUUUGAUCGUUGGCCCCAAGCAUGUCUUGAUUGAUGACUUUUUCUCCGAUCUUCCUCCUAUCUUGCAAAAACUGGCGCCCGAAGGCGCUAUUGAGAAGAUGACCCCGGUUCCUGAUGCGUUUGUUCCUCUCAUUAAACUCGAACUGUCAGGUAUUAGUAUCGAUCUGAUCUUUGCCCGCCUUAUCGUCCACUCCGUGCCAAUGAAUCUCGACCUCAAAAACAACGACUACCUCCGUGGUUUGGACGACAAGGAAGUUCGUUCGCUCAAUGGAACCCGUGUCACCGACGAGAUCCUGGAGUUGGUUCCCCAGCAGAAGACGUUCCGACUUGCACUGCGCGCAAUAAAACUCUGGGCCCAACGGCGAGCCAUCUACUCCAACAUUGUGGGCUUCCCCGGAGGUGUCGCAUGGGCCAUGCUAGUUGCGCGAGUCUGUCAGCUGUACCCGCAGGCGACAGGGUCAGUGAUUGUGGGUAAAUUCUUCAGGAUCAUGAACAAGUGGGCUUGGCCUCAGCCUGUCUUGUUGAAGCAUAUCGAAGAUGGGCCUCUUCAAAUGAAAGUGUGGAAUCCGAAGAUCUACCAUGGGGAUCGAUUCCACCUCAUGCCCAUCAUCACCCCUGCCUAUCCGUCGAUGUGUGCCACUCACAAUGUCUCAAUGUCAACCAAGGCUGUUGUUCUUCGUGAGCUUCAACGGGGAGGUGACAUUGUGGACAAGAUUUUCAUGAAACAACUUUCUUGGAACGAUCUAUUCGCCCGCCACACAUUCUUCACCCACGAUUACAAGUAUUAUCUCAGCAUCACGGCCUCGAGCAAAACCAAAGAAGCGGAGGCUGUCUGGUCCGGUCUGGUUGAGUCCAAACUGCGGCACUUGGUUGGAGCACUGGACCGCAAGGCAAUCAUCGGUGUGGCCCAUCCAUUCCCCAGGGGAUUUGAAAGAAUCCAUGAGGUCUCCAACGACCAAGAAAUGGAGGCCGUUAAGAAUGGCUCAACCAAUUACCAAGCCAAAGGCACCAAAACCGAGAUGACCGAUGAGACAAAAGAUGCCGCCCACCAAGCUGCAGCUCUGAGCGGAGUGGAAAAUGCUGAUAUCCCCGAGCCUACUGAGAAGAAGGCAGGAACUGACAGCCUGACCGUUUACACCACCACCUAUUACAUUGGUCUGGAAUUGAAGCCUCUGGAACCCGGUGCUCCGCGGUCGCUGGAUAUUUCCACAGAUUCGCAGGUUUUCAAGUCGACCUGCACAUCUUGGCCCGGUUUCCAGCUGGAUGUCAAUGACUUGGCUGUUACCCACGUGCGCAACUUUGAUUUACCGGAGGAUGUUUUCCAGCCUGGCGAGACCCGACCUUCACGACCCAAGAAGAAGGUGGUCAAGAAAGCCGACGCCGCCGGUCAAAAGCGAAACAUCGGCGAACUCGACGAUCCAUCGCAGGGCGCCGCAAAACGCCAAGUCACUUCGAACACCGUCUCCAAUGCUGCGGCUUCCGCUUGA